CAAUGGCGGACAACUGCAGCCACAAAAGUGUGAUUUGCAGGUUGUAUUGCUACGGUUUCACUUUCAAUGGACGGGGCAGAGUUAAAGGCUGAAGAAAAAGCAGAUGGCGGCGCCAACGGCGACAGAUUUCGUCAGGGCAGAAGGCGGAUUGAAUUUGGCGGGUUGGCAAAGCGGCAAAUCUUUCCUAGCAACUAUGUGUCUACCACUCGCUAUAAGUGGUGGACCAUCAUACCUCUGAAUUUGUUCGAGCAGUUCCACCGGGUGGCGAACAUUUGGUUCUUGAUUGUCUCGGUGCUGCAGAUGUUGCCCUUCAAGAUCUCUCCAACGACAUCUUGGGCCACUCUGGUACCUUUGUGUGGUGUGCUGUUCGUGACCUUCUGCAAGGAUGCUUAUGAGGACUUGAAACGUUGGCGUGACGACUGUCGAGUCAACAAUCAAACUUGCAAAGUCUUUACAGGGGCAGAGGGACCCAAUGCUUUUCGAAGCAUCAAGUGGUCAGAGGUUCAAGUUGGAAAUUUUGUGAAGCUGACUCGGGACCAACCGGUGCCGGCGGAUCUCCUUCUGGUUUUUUCCACCCCAGGGGGUGCCGCCUUCGUGGACACAGCACAGCUGGAUGGGGAAUCCUCCUUGAAGCCCAAACAAGCGGUGGACGAGACGCAGCACAUGAUCCGCAACUCCUCUGUGCACAGCGUUGAAGGCCAUAUGGAAGCAGAUUUGCCGAAUCAAGUAGUUGGCAAAUUCGAUGGCUGUAUUUACUUGAAGGGCUAUCCCAGAGGUGUGACUGUGAACCUGAAGCAUUUCUUGCUGCGUGGCUCCACGGUUCGAAAUACACAUCAUGUGAUUGGGCUUGUGGUGUACACUGGUGUAGACACGAAAGUGGUCAGGAAUUCUUCGCGGUCUUUGACGUCCAAGAGAUCUCAGGUAGAGCAGCUUUCCAACAAGCUCUUGGUCAUUGUUUUCGUACUCCUCUUUGUCAUAUCCAUUGCUUCGGCAGUUGUUCGCGCAUACCUCAUCACCGAUGAGGAGGGCUAUCGAAAUUUGUCCUGGGUUUGGCCAUUGACGCGCGGCGACGAUCUCCAGGACAAUCCAUACAUGGCUAUCCUGACCUUCCUGAUCGGUUACAACAACUUGAUUCCAAUUAGCUUGUAUAUGACCACCGACUUGGUGCGGGCACUGCAAGCAUUCAUCAUGGAAUCGGACGAGAGCAUGUAUCACAAAGCCACAGAAUCUGCGUGUAAAGUGCGGAGUUCUGGUCUAUGUGAAGACUUGGGGCAGGUGGAUUUUGUCCUUUCAGACAAGACUGGGACCCUCACACAAAAUGAAAUGUGUUUCAAAGCCUGCUACGUGGAUGGGCAAACCUAUGGCUACUGGUCAGAGACGGUGGACGACAGUCUGGAAGCAGAUGAUGAUGCAAGCAUGAGCUUGGGCUCUGGAAUCAUGGGUUAUCCCAGCGACCGUGUUGAGAGACUUCCACCUCGGAGCGUGUGUUUGCCUCUAAGUCAACAGCUCUGGACUGCGCCUGUGGACCCGGAGCCUGCAGAGAAAAGUUUGAUUUUGCAGAAUUUUUUCCUGUGUUUGGCCACUUGUCACACAGCCAUGCCAGAGAGACAAGGAGCUGUCACACCAACCAAUACCAAGAGGACUUCAAGGUCGUCUGAAGUUCCAGUGGUAAUGCAAGAUCCAGAAGCGGUGCGUGCCAACGACCCUGGGAUGCAAGACCUGCACCUCGAGUGCGACAUCCAGCAGCGCAUGGCAUUGCUGGAAGAAGCUGAGAGUACUCAAUUCCGAAGCCCAUCUCCAGAUGAGGAAGCCCUUCUGGCGAUGGCAAGGGACUUCGGUUUCUUCUUUCAGAAAAGACAGAGUGGCAAGAUCACUAUCAACAUCCGCGGGCAACAGGUCUACUACCAAGUGCUCAUUUGCAACGAGUUCACUUCGGACAGGAAACGCAUGUCAGUCCUGUUGCGGCGCUGCUCUGAAGAGACUGCCGCGGCCAACGUGGGCUCCACACAGGUGAAUGGUUUGAUAUCUCCAGCGGGGAUCACCUCAGUGGAGAAUCUGCCCACGGAGGGCUACCCAUUCAUCCUUUUUGCCAAAGGUGCAGAUAGCGUGAUGAUGGAGCGCAUGAGGCAAUUUGACGAAGUCCCUGAGAUGGAGCGGGCGCUGAAGAAUGAUUUGGAUUUCGAGGCGAAGCCUGGGGAGCAGUGCAUUCAUGAAGGCGAAGAAGGUGUUGAGGAAGCUCAGGUAGAAAAGUCAGACUCCGAAGCAGGGAGUUGUUUUGCAGGUCCUGGCGGCGGGCCUUCCGACAAACCACCAGUAGCACCAAAGGAGCCAGCACCGCUACUGGAGCCUCCGGACAUGGGGGGCGGGAACAAACACGUGAGCAGCAGCGUCAGUGCAAGUGGGCUCUCAGGCAUGUCGGAGAGAUUGAUGGGGCUUGGAGCUGCUGGCUUGACGAGUUGGAGUUCACGAGCCUUCCUGACUUCGCAGGAAUCUGUCGUUGCUUGUGAAGAAAGCAAACAGCAGAAGAAGUUGAGAGUUGCAAAGGAGCAGCUUCGACGAUUUUCCACUCACGGGCUGCGCACGUUGAUUUGCGGCUGGCGGGUGCUUGCUGAUGCAGAUGCAGAAAGAUUUAUCCAUGAGCAUGCCGCGGCAACGCGCUCAUGGUUUAAGCGUGAAGAGAAGGUUGCAGAAGUCGUGAACCAGAUGGAGAGAGACUUCGACUUGCUUGGCAUCACAGCAGUGGAAGAUAAGAUCCAGAUUGGCGUGCCAGAGACGGUGAAGAUGCUUCUUGCAGGAGGAAUUAGGGUGUGGAUGCUCACUGGUGAUAGUGUUGACACCGCUGUGAACAUUGCAACUAUUUGCCGCCUUAUCGACAAGCAGUGCAAGCUGUACUAUUUGACCUGCGAGGAGACGACGGAUCUGAAGACAGAGCUGGAGUCACAGCUGAGGACAAUUGUGCAGGAAAUUGUGGAAAAUGUCGAGAAGAGUGAGUCAAAGACCUUCAGCUUCAGCUUGGUGAUCAAUGGCACGGCGCUCUACGCCAUUCUGGAUGAAACGGAAGUAGCGCUGCAGCGUUUGUUUGUGACAGUGGCUUGCAACUCUGCGUCUGUUAUAGCUUGUCGCUUGUCCCCGGCACAGAAAGCCGGGAUUGUGGAGCUCAUCCGGAAAGAGGUUCCAGGCAACCCCUUGACACUUGCAGUUGGAGAUGGUGGUAACGACGUGAGCAUGAUUCAAAAAGCCCAUGUGGGCGUUGGAAUCGCUGGUGCAGAAGGUCGCGAAGCUGUCAAUGCCUCGGACUUUGCGAUUGGUCAAUUUCGGUUUCUUCGGUCUCUCCUUUUCCUUCAUGGUCGAAGCAACAUUCGCAGAAUCGGCAUGGUAAUUGGCUAUUCUUUCUACAAGAACUUUUUGCUGGUUCUUUGCAUGGCUUGCUAUGCCCCGUGGAACGGGUUGAGCGGCACAACCCUCUACGACUCCUACCUGAUUAUGAUGUACAACAUGGUCUUCACAAGCUUUCCCAUUUUCAUCGUUGGCUCCCUUGAUCUGGACGUCUACGCCCCGGCAGCCUUUGCCAUGCCCAAGCUGUACUUCUUCGGAGUGAAUAAGGCCUACUUCAACUACAGGAUGCUAGUUGCAUGGCUCUUCCGUGGGGUUGUGCAUGCACUGGUCAACUUCUUCGUGGCAGUUGUCUUUUUGGGCGGCUUGGGCGGCAACAGCGGGCACUUUCCGGAUUACCUGUCCCUGGGAACUUGGUCGUACUGGAGCUGUGUGCUCGUGGCAAACUCUACGUUGCUCCUUCAUGCCCAGGUGUGGAUGGACUGGCAACUCCUGAUUUCGCUUCUCUCGGUCAUGUUCUUCCCGCCUAUCCUGUUCAUCUACUCGACCCCAUCCAUGUCAAAUGUCUUUAAUCCAUCUUUCCAUGACGUGGCCAGCAAUCUCUUUGCGUCACUCCCUGGGUGGCUGAGCCUUGUGCUCGUUUUUGCCCUUUCGGUUCUUGUUGAGUUGGCUCUGGACUCCUGGCGCCGGGUGAACCGGCCAGACUUGGUGACUCGAGUGCAGGACUACCAGAGAUCUAAGCCCAGCUUCCCCGAGGCUGAGGUGCAUGUGCACCGCGGCGGGCCGACUUCCACGUCGCUGCCCUUGAACUCACCGAGUAUGAUACAAGUGGACAAGAGCUAUGGGCAUGGGAAUAUCCUCACUUGCCAAAACAGCCGUUCCUUCAAUGAGACCAGAUUCAGUUCCGUGCCUCCCAGGUCCCCGUGCAGCGAUCGUGAUCAUCUUGUUCGGGCCAACCAGCUGACCCAGACCAACCCGCUGACUCAGACACAAGCAGACUUGUCUCAAGGAGUUUCGAAAUAUGAGAAGCUCUUCCCAGCCUCCUUGGUCAGUUCUGUUCCCUGGAGUUACAAGCGAAGCAACUGCAACUCUGGCAACUUUCGAGUUGAAGAGGCAGAGCUGAAGGAGUACUGCCGCUUUGCCAAGCAUCCGCUGCCGAAACAGCCAGGCUUGAGAUUGCUCCUGGAUUUUGCGUGGAAAGAUCGGAACAAAGACAAGGGGCCAGACAACUGGGCACAGAGGCUUGGAGUUGGCAUGGCGAUGGAGUGGCGCGCUCGCCUGAAUCAUUUGCAAUGGUGUGAGAUCAGCCUGAUGUCAGAGGUUCUUGGUGGUGGAGGGCACGGAGAGGCCAUUAACUACGAGGGCGUGGCAGAUCGGCUCUCCAAGAGUGCAGGGAUGCAGCGUGAGCUGCUUCAUUUGGAACAAUUGGAAGAGCGGUCAGCGGCCGUGGUCCUGUCUGACAAAAAUGCGGCUGUUUUGCCAGUGGACUACAGGCAGUCUCGCUUCAACAAGAGUUAUACCACGGAGUUUGUCUACAAUAUCUUCACCUUGAAGUUUCGCUCGAAAUUCCAUGAGCAGGCAUUCUGCCAGACAUUUGAUGAAAACAGCGGCAACCAGUUCUUUGUCUCUGUGCGUGUGUUGACGUGGGUGGUCAUCGUGGGAUUCCAACUGGUGAAAGUUAUCGCUGUGCUUGUGGCCCCUCCACAGGGUGAUAAUUCCUCAGACAUUUUGACUUCUUUGCUGGUCAUCAUGGGCGCGAUAGCUUUUUGCGAAGUCUUGCUUUUCCCACUGCGCUUCAAGCACUUCAGGACUUGGCAAGCCAGCUAUGUCGCCAUUACUUGUUGUUUGCUCACCAUUUCGAAGCAUGCUUACGAGAUCAUUGCAGAAGAGCCUGGCUAUGUCACGGAUGCCAUCAUGCCUUUGUUCUUCUGCGCGGGUGUGCGGAUGAGAUUCCCAGUGGCUUGCUCCGUCUUAUUCUUGCACAUGGUUCUUUUGGCCGUACACCAUUACUACCUGCUGACUGAGACGACUUGCACUGUCGGGAGUGGCAACACACAAGUCUUCGUGUGUGACGAGCAUUUCAUCCUGAGGGGGGAGUACUCUGUGGUUCAGUUCGGCCUGGUGCUGCUAGUGGGUGCAUACGUCUAUGUCUCGGAGCGCUUUGCGCGCCACAACUUCGCUUGGGACGUUCGCAUUAGCUCCGCGCGGGGGGCAGAUCGAGACAUUCUUAAAGGGAUGUACCCGGAGGAUGUCGUUGAGGCGGUUUUUACGAGCUUCCGCAACAAUCAGAACGACAAGAUGGACCGUUCUGUUUCCUCUACUGAGACCAUUUUCCAGGAUCGUGGGCUUGUGACAAUAGUAUUUAUUGACAUCUACGACUUUGGACGAGUGGUUGCCGGGUUGCAUCCUGUCGAUUUGGUGUUGAUGCUGGACAGAGUGUUCACCCAAAUGGACCUGGUGUGCCAGGAGCAUGGCAUUACCAAGAUCGAGACAGUUGGAAAGACAUUUAUGGCUGCAGGGUUGGGUGAUCCCGCCAAAUCCAAUGAGAAGAACUACUUGGCAUCGCAAAAAAGCGGAGGUCGAGCUGUGAAGUGUUUGGAGGUGGCUGUGGCAAUCCUCAGGCAGUUUACCAAAUGUGUCACUGGUAUGGAUGGCAUGGAGAAGCUGUCUCUGAAGAUUGGCCUCAACACAGGAAAUGUGAUCAGUGGAGUGGUCGGCUCCCAAAAGCCGCAGUUCGCUCUCUUUGGUGACACAGUGAACACCGCAAGUCGCAUGAUGAGCACCGGCGAGGUGAACCAUAUCCAUGUGUCUGCGGAAACACAUGAAUUCUUGCGCCAAGACGAUCGCUUCAAGUGGCAUCAGCAGCAGAUUUGGGCAAAAGGCAAAGGAUAUAUGGACACUUAUCUCCUUGAGAACGAGAAACGUGGUCAAGAGGUGAAUGUCUUCUCAAUGCAUCGGCACAAUUCCCGAGAGGGCAGCAUGCUCGAAAUCGCAUCCUCAGAUGUGCCCGUGAACGAGGGUCUGAUUGAGGGAGACUGGAAGCUGAAGUUAGUGACAACCCUGCAGAAAGUGCGGAAUCUCCCCCAGGUGUUUCGAGAUACUUGGACUUUUUGCGGCAAAGUCUUUGAAUUAGAUUCCAACAAAGCGUCGCUGGAAAAGUCAUUGUUCGUCUCCUUGCUGCUCUUCUGGACUUGCUUCUGUAUGGAGUUUGGAUUUAUCAUCAUCGGAGAGACUGGCGAGGGGGCGUACAAUUUGGACCUCUUCAUCCAGCUUCGUGGCAGCUUUGCCAUUUUCUUUGGGAUCUUCCUCCUCAUCGGGGGGGCAACUUUGGCUGGUUAUGCUGGUCUUCAAUGCCUCACAGAAACCAAGGAGAAGAGCUCCACACAGGACUCGUUGGAUCCGGACAACGAUUUUGCGGCGGAGAGGCUGGAAAGAAACGCCUCGGAGGUCUCGGGUGGGAACGAGGACAAUGUAGAUGGUUCAGACGCAGCAAAGAAGGACAGCCCUCAGCGCAAGAAAGCGAUGCACAUGUUGUUUUUGCUCGUCCACAUUUGCAUCCCAGUCUUCUUGAUAGCAGCCGGCUAUUUCACAGCAAUCGCUUCCGCAAUCUAUGGCAUCUCAAACCAGAACAUUGAGGAAGUCGCGCAUUGGAUCUACUACGAGUCACUCUUCUACAUCAGUGCUAUGAUGCACUUGAAUCUGUUGAGAGUCUCCGUAACUGCAUUCCUUUGUGGUGCGCUGAUGGUCUUGCCAGCAACGGGAACUGGAGUCCUGGCAGACUGGCCGGCGGGUGCAAUCUACCCCGUCACAGUGUUUAUUCUGCAGAUGAAAGUGGUGUAUGAUUUGAAGUGGUACCAGCUCAAAAGUGUGGAAGACUUAAAGAUUGUGGAAAAGGAGCACAAAGAGUGCGAUACAUUGCUGAACAGUUUGUUGCCAAAAGAGGUGCUUCACAGCAUGCAGACCAACAAUUUGGAGCUUGCGUAUACUUAUCAAGACAUGUCUCUGCUUUUUGCAGACAUCGUGGGCUUCACCGGGUACUGUACUAAGCACAAGAGCAACCCAAGCACCGCGGUGAGGUUGGUCACACACCUUUUCGCUCGGUUUGACGACUGCUGCAAGCUCUUGGGAGCGUAUAAGGUGUGCACCAUUGGCGAUGCCUACCUCGCUGUGAACGAACCCAAAACGCAGCAUGACGAUCGGACCAUUGGCGCAUUGGUGCUGCUCCAUUUGGCAAUGGCCAUGCUGAGAAUCAUCGUCCAGGUUCGAGAUGAGGUGGAUCAUCAAGGACUCAACAUGCGAAUUGGCCUCCAUCAUGGACAAUUCGUUGCUGGAGUCAUUGGUAGCAACCAGCUCCGCUUUGACAUUUGGGGUGAGGAUGUCUUGAUUGGCAACCAAAUGGAAUCGAGCGGUGAGCCAGGACGGAUUUGUUGCAGCGAAACCUUUGUGCAAGUCUUGAAGGACUUCAAACAGUUCAGCUUCACAGAGAGGGAGCUGGUAAAGUGUGCAGGGUCAACGAGAAUGUUGCAGAGCUAUCUCUUGGAUCCUCCUCACGGCAUAGGAACGGGUUUCGUGGAGACCCGGCCUUUGCAAAAUGCUCGGAGAAGUGGGAAGACUGCUAGGCACCUGACUGCGAAGAAAACCAAGGGACAAAAAGCCAAAUCCGAAGCUUGCAACAUCUCGUGAAGGACAAAGCUGUUGGACAAAGG